GUGAAAUCGAGCAAGCCGUUUCUGUGGCGGCAGUUCGCCAUCUUGUAUUUGGCGGUGCCGGUAUUCGGGCGAGGCAGUACGCGGUCGACGUUUUUGGAACGUGAAUAGCGAGGCAUUUCAGCCGUGACGCCGGCUAACGAAGAUGGCGACGAGGAGCGUCCGCAAGACUGUUGUCACCACGACGACAUCGUCUCACAGCGCAUCGACGUCGCAGGACCGUGGCGACAACGAGGAGAACCCGGCGGCCGGGUUUCAGACUCCGCAGGACGGUGGGCGCGGGCGGCAAGACCGGCGCUCGCGCUCGCCGCUGAGUCAGUCUCGGUUCACCCGGAUCCAGGAGAAAAAUGAGCUUGCAAACCUCAACGACCGGCUGGCUGCGUACAUUGACCGAGUGCGCGAGUUGGAAACCGAGAAUAGCAGGCUCACGAAGCAGAUCGAGACGAGCCAGGAGACCCGCACUCGAGAGGUGACCAGCGUCAAGAAUCUUUACGAAAGAGAACUGGCCGAAGCCCGGCGGGCCGUCGACGACACGGCCAACGAAAGAGCCAGGCUUCAGCUGGAAGCGAAGAAAUGGCAGACCGACGCCGAGGCUCUGCAGGCAAAGCUGAACAAGAGGGAGCGUGAGUGGUCCACAGCAGAGCGACGUGCGACAACUUUGGAGUCUCAGGUUGUUGACCUUCAAGGACGUCUGAACCAGGCUUUGACACAGCUUAAGGAGGCCGAGAAUGAGCGAGAUGCCCUGGCAAAAGAACUCGAGCGAGUCAAGAAGGAGUUGCAAGAUCAGAUUCUGCGUUGCACAGACCUCAGCAACCGAGCCAAGACGCUGAAUGAGCAGCUGGACUUCCAGAAGUCCCUUUAUGAAAAGGAACUGCAGGAAGUGCGCAUUGUCAAACAGACCGAGAUCACAGAAAUCGAUGGGCGGCUGAAGGAGAACUACGAGCGCAAACUGGCUGACACUCUGCAGGAACUUCGUGAGCAGUAUGAAUCGCAGAUGCAGCUGAACCGGGAGGAAAUGCAGAGCAUCUACGAGACCAAGAUGCGUGACCUUCAGGAACUGCUGGACCGACGCUCGUCAGACUCUUCCGUCACACGUGAUGAGUUGCACACCUACAAGACUCGCCUGGACGGUGUCAAAUCUCGCAUCGCUGAGCUCGAAUCUCUGAACCAGUCUCUGUCAUCCCGUGUGCGGGACUUGGAGCAACUGCUGGAACAAGAGCGUGACUGGAACACCCGAGCGAUGAUGGCAAAGGAUGAAGAGAUCAGCCGGCUGCGUUCCGAGAUUGAGCAGCAACUGAGAGAGUACCAGGACCUGCUGGAUAUAAAGGUGGCACUCGAUCUCGAAAUUGCUGCCUACCGCAAGCUGCUUGAGGGAGAAGAGACGCGCCUCAACAUCACUCCAUCUUCUAGCCCUACAAGCUCAGAAAUGUUUGUGACGCCUCACCGUGGCACCAAGCGGAAGCGCACUUUCAUGUCCCACCGUGAGGAACAGAGCAACUCCGAUGCCCAGGUCACUGCAUCUGCUAAGGGAGAGCUUGAGAUUUCCGAUCACUGCAUUGACGGAAGAUACGUCACCAUCCACAACAAAGGAACAAAGGAGGUGCCCUUGGCCGGUUGGCAGGUUCACAGCAAAUCGGGCAAUGAUGAGUUCACAUUCAAGUUCCACCGCACCCAUGUAAUCAAACCAGGAGCCUCAAUCACUAUUUGGAGCCCUGAUUGUGGAGUCACUCACAACCCCCCCAGUGACCUGGUUAUGCGCACCACCAAGUGGCCCAAGGGAGAGCAGAAGCGCACAGCACUCCUCAGUUCGGAAGGCGAGGAAGUUGCAACGAGGGAGAGUCAUCGUCGACAGUUCAGCCGGCUCUCUGAACGCAGCUCGGGCAUUGGCGGUGCCUCUGGCUUUCGCAGCGACCACAUCUUUCACGACAGUAUGGACCCAAAUGAUCCAAAUCGGUGCACCAUUAUGUGAGCUGAAUUAUCGAGAGAGUGCCGUCACUAACCACCGCACCAGAUAAACGAGCGUGUGCCAUCGAUAUUCAUCACUGCUGUUGCUUUCUGCUACUCUGCAGUACUGCCCGUCUGUGUGCAAUCACAGGUAGCAAAAAUGCUCUGCCCCAUUUCAUAUUCAUGUUCUUCUUAUUUCUUUCAACAUGUCUUUUAUUAACUUUAAACCAGUUUUAAUGGUGUCGAUUCAAUUUGAGUAGAAUUAACAUAGAGCAAAAAUUUGAGAUGCCAAUGCCCUAGCUGCAUUGGUUCUGUGCCUCUAUUUGGAAAUUUGCAAUUAGACAAUCGUGUUUUUCUUUCUCACCGAGCAUCCUUCAGUUGUGUGUACUAUUUGUUGUAUUCGAAUCAUGCAAUUAAGCCACUUAUUAAUAAUUCCUAUUUGUUGUGCUACGCAUUUUUCGCAUUAUCCUCUGUCACCUUCUUUUUUGUGUGCUACCAAAAAAAAGUACAUAUAAAAUAUAUUCUUUCUGUUUUACAUUUUGCAUAUUCAAUGAUUAUAUUCUAUUCGUAGAACAAAUGAGAACCUAUAUUAGAGCAUUAUUGAAGCGUGUUGUUUUUUUCCCUUUGUGUUCAUCAACUCUGGCACCGAUGUGCUAGAGUUGUGUCGUGUUUCCUCUGUGAAAGACUUGAGCUGUUUGAAAGUUUGUUACACUUUGUCCUCUUGACACUGUGUGGUGUCAUUUUAGUUAUCUUUGUUUAUGUGAACUCCUUCAGGGUGGCCACUUAAGACAAGCAGAUUUUCACCUGUUGCUUUUUGGAGUUCAUUGCUGAGCUCUGUUAUUGGACUUGGGAGUAAACAAAGGCAUUUUCCUGAAGCCUCGGCUCCUGUCAGUAGAAAGCAGUCGCCACACCUUUCCUGGUGCAAGGUAGCCCAAAUUCAGGCGAUGAUUUUGGGGUAAUUGUCCUUAGUCACUAACACUCUCUCAGACAUAUGAAAAUGUAUAUUACAAAUGUCAAUUCUCUUCAUCUAAGCCCAAUUAAAGAAAAUUUUCCGACGAAACUAUUGGCUUGCCUUGCACAUUGUUGACAACCCACACACCUCAUUCGGACUUCUAACUCAAAGUUCCCUCAGAAUUUUAGUGAACUUGCCUUUAUUGGUAUUUGGUUCUUGCUCCCAAAGAUCCUCUGAACAUGGUACAUUCACUCUGUGUUAAUUUUUCUAAAGUUCAGUAAGUGAUAACAAGUUCGUCAUGAGUAAGAAUUCUUGGUUAAACUGAUUUGAUGCCAUUGACUGACUUGCUGAUUCAUUGCAUGGAGCUAAUUGGCAACUGUAGUUUGUCAAUGUACUUUAACAGGUUUUAUUGCUAUUCGGGGGAGCAUCAUCAACUAGAGUGUUGGUGGAAAGUAGAAGAGUGAGAAUGAAUGUGCACUUCUGUCGUCUUGUUCAUUUUAAGGGGGUCUGGUAGGACGAAUGAGUCAUUUUAUUUCCAGCUUUAUAUCCCCGAAAAUGUUUCAUAUUUUGUAAAAUUUUGAGUGUUGAAUAACAAAACUUUCAGCUUUCAAUUUGUGCAAUUCUUGCCCUUUUUAGUUUGAGACCGUUUGAAAGAUAGAAGCGUGAUUUGAGGGAACUUUGGUGUAAUAAAUCAAAUAGUUUUCCAGAAAAGGUAAUAAAUUAAAAAAAUUUUUUUAAGAAAAACUGAUGGUGAAAGAAAUGCACUUUUAUGCUUAAGACUGCGCAUAAGAUGCUAACAUUAACCGUUGACUACCCUACGAAAGUGUCUUUCAUGGGAAAAUUUGCAAUGAAAGCUUAUGCAGAUGGCAGGAAAUUAAUGUGACUCUAGGAUCCAGCUAUAUUGAGAAUACAUAAAUGUGAACAAGCCAUCACAUUCAACAGGACAUGCAGUUUCAAGCACCAUUUCUAAAUGGCUUCAACCGUUCCUACGUGCUUGCCACUGCAUGAUUUUGCUCCUUGGGGGGCUUAUUAUUUUUUAAUAGUAAAGGUUUUGCCGAUUUACCCUACGGUACCCCCUAAACUAGGAUUUCAAUUUUGCACAUAUCUGGAUAUAAGAAUGCACAGACAACCCAUAACCAUGUCACUGCUGGUCACAUUCAUAUUGUUGAAAACUCGCACUUGGCUACACGGUGAAGAGUAUGUAAUCGUCAUUAUUGGGAAUGCACUCAUGGAAAGAUUGUGCAGCUUUAUUGUAUUUCUUUAUCUUAUUAAUUGUACCACUUUAAUUACUUGACAUAAGCGACACCAUUAGACAGUAGCAUUCAGGUUGUGUACGGCUCUACUGUGUGUAGCAUAACAGUCUGCUGUGUCGCUUACAUUUUCGUUUAUGAAUACGUAAACUGCAGUGCAGUUCUCACAUUCACUUUUUUUUUUGUCGCCAUUUCCAUUCAGUAUGAGGUCACCUUGAACACUGCUUGAUCUUCGUCACUUUAUUCACGUCAUGCAGUUCGAAUAAAGUCACUAAGUCAUAAAGGUUAGCAGAGACAUUGGCACCUUAGGCUCGUAUAAUGACAGUAGUAUUUUUCAUUUUUGCACGUGAACAUGGCAGUGUUGUUGUCACCUUCUUCUGAUGCACCACAGUCGGUCCUUGUGUUUUCAUACUUUAAAUAGCAUGAAAGUUCCAAGGCAUUUAUGUGUUGUGCUUAUGGCACAGCAGGGUGCUUUACAUUCACUCAGGUGUGAUCUGAACAUCAACUCCUCUGCAAUGGUUAAAAAAGGUACUGGGAUAUAACAAGAAAUGGCAUCUUGUUAAAUUACGGUAUCGCAUAGAAAGAAUUCAUAUUUGCCAGAUGCUAAUUGUAUGCUUAGACUAAUCACUGGUUAGGAGUUCUCUCUUGCCAAUACUGAAGUUACCGGACAGAGCUUAUAAAUUGUUGCUUCGUGGCGUUAUCUUUCUUCCAGUUAGCAUAGCUGAGAACGCGUCCACGCUGAAUGCUUGUAGGUGCCGAGUUUGCCUUGACCAGUAGGGUCGCUGCUUGCAUAAUAUCAAGAUUGCCAUUUUUUCUCGUAAUGGCAUGGCCAUUUGUUAUGCAUUGACAUGUCUACUGUUCCUAGUUGCUGCAGCUUCUGCAUUCUGUGUAUUGCAAGGCUGGUUGUUUAAUCAACCUAAUUCAAAUAUUGAGCUUGUAGAGUGUCAGUUUUAACGGAAAUGAAAAAAAAAAAAAAAAAGCUGUGCUUCGAAUUUUGUUGGAAGAUCCAACGUAUGGAAAUGCCGCUCCUUGAAAGUCUGCGUAGUUGCCAAGUACAUAUGUUGCACUUCAGAAAAACAGGUGCAACUUCCGUAAAUCAAACUCCUUUUUGUGUUAACCAGUUGUUGGGACGUCUCUUUUUCAGAUGUAUGUCGUAGGUGCUUGUGACGAUAUUUGUGUUAUCUGUUGUUUGUUUACGUUGGGUAGCAUUUCUUUGAAGAAAGCUAAACCUACAGUGCCAGUGACCACUGCCAUGCUUCACACCAGAGUGCACUCUGUUAGCAAGCUGCAUACUACCCAUUAAAUAUGUAACUUUGCACACAUCACUGCUAUUGAUCAUCUUCAGCAGAUAUCCUUACAGUGUCCAGUGCUUUCACACUGCUUACAAGAAAAGUGCCUAGCUAUAUAUCCGUCGAGUAAGUAGUCAAAUGUUGGCGCAACUGUCUUUCCCCCCUUCCCCUCUCUUUGUUGGGAAGGAUAAGUGAUUUAAGCUUUGCUUGACUUGCUGCUCUGCUCUCCUCCCAGCUUUUUGAUUUAGCAUUUUCCACUUCCACAUUUGCGUUCUUGUUAUGAUAGUGCAAGAUCACUUGAUUGUGUUUUUGAUAUGAAUGGUGUCAUACACGCACAUAACUGAGCAGUGAUAUAAACAUCCCUUGUUUGGCUUUGGCUUCUGAAAUAUAUAUUGCUUGUCCAUUCAUUUCUGAAGAUUUCUUGUGUGGCUGUGGCUCUGCAUUCUUGUGGUGUACAAAAAAAUGAUUAAAGUUGAAUCUAUUUGUAA